CGCGGGGGUUUCCAGAUUUUCGAAAGCGGAAAUGGUGAAACUGUGCUUCUUGUUUGCUCCUGUGUACGUGCCGUCUCGUGCGUCUGCUUUUUGAUGCCUUCCCGGUCUCUUCGUCCAUCAUUAAAAUGUCUGUGGAGGCAGCCUCCCUCUCAAACCCCGUCGCUGGCUGUUCCCUCUACCUUUUGCUGUGCGACAGGCAAGAAACUCGGCCCCCAAGUGGCACCGUUGAAAAUCUCUUUUCUUUGCGGGAUUUUGUGUCAGAGUACUGCAGACAGGAAACGCCAGCUUCUCGUUGAGAACGGUGUGCCAAAUUCCUUCGCGGCCGCACCGACGUCUCCGUUCGGUGUUUUUUGACGGUGUUUCCCUCCCGCUGCACUGAGCUUCUCCCACAGAGUCUCUACGCCUGCCGGGACGACGUAACGCCUCUUCUUCGUCACAAUUUUUCCGCUUUUUGCCCGUUCUGGUGCGAAAUCGCGUUCUUGCGCGGGUCCUCCCCUGCCUCGGAGCUCGCAUUAGAGACGCCCGACGGUUGCGCGUUCUGCUGACAAGAACAGUGAAGCCUCACCGAAUAGACACAUGUAUGACUCGACCAGAGUCACUCUUGUGGUUUGUGCGCCCACUAGAUACAUCUCCACACACAGCGCUGUGGAGAGACACAGUUUCUGCUGUCGGCGACACCGAGGUGUCUCUUGUUCGUCGCAAGUUCCGCCUUCGACGCGCAGCUGUCAGAACAGCACACCGUCUCCCGCGAACCACGCGUCGCCUUCUUUCCCGGUCGACGUCUCCCCGGCGGCUCCCACAGUCUCCCCGGCCUCGGUGUCUCCGUCGGUCCCGGGAGUGUCUCCGUCGCCCUUCUCGCCGCGGGCCUCUCUCUCGCCCUACUCUCUGCCGCGGCCGCCGAGCGGCGCGACGGGCGCGACGGGCGCGGCGGCUCUGGGGGUUCCGGUGCUCGUCUCGGGGCUUGCUUCUCGCCCCGUUUCUCCGGCUUCUUCUCUCGAAGGCCGCGGGCAGGCGAUGCAUUUCUCGUCGGGGAGACAGGGACGCCCCAGGUACGCGACGGCGCCGUCGAACUACCGACAUGCCCGGGCUCUGCAGCCGUCGGAUCUCCGCGUCCGCGCGCCGCGGCUGUCUCCGUCGCCCGCGGGGGCUUCGCCGCGGCUGUCUCCGUCGCCCCGCGGCCCGUCGCCCCGCGGCCCGUCUUCUCCGGCGCUCUCGCCCUCGCUGUCCUUCGAGAGACACCGGCGCCAGCAGACGACGUUUGAACGCCUCAGACAGGAGCUGAAGACGACCUAUUUUCCGCGAGUCGCGGCCUCGGACAACGACGACUGGGAAACUUUUAGGGCGCAAAUGAUUGAGGAGAGCGAGCGCGAGCGCAGGCAGAACCUUCAGAAGGAAGAGUUCGAGACGCUGUCCCCCCGGGAACGCGUGAUGAUCCCCACGAUGUACCUACACCCCCAGGAGCCGCACGCGCCGGGAGGCGACGGAGACAGUCCCCACUUUGGUGGUCGCGCAGACCGGCACUACUUUUCCCUGCCUCCCGUCUUGAUUGCACCCGCUGACGCACCUUCCGAAGAAGCCACUGAGGCUCACACGACCCGCUGCCGCAAACGCGAAGAAACGUAUCACCAUCAGGCCGAACGACCUGCCCACGUCCCCACCGAGGCAGAGCGAGAAGUGCCUCAGGAGCGGGAUGCGAAAGAGGAGGUGGAGGCGGCCGAGCAAGGAGACAGGAGGACCCUGUCUCCGGCAUCAUCGGUGGUCACGGCGCGCGAGCUUCGCGCGGAGACACCCAAGGGCGAGGCGGUCGUUUCACCCGUGGGGAAGAAGCGCGAGCGAACGUACAGCGUCGCGCCGGCUGCGCGGGAGACAGGAACUCUUGCCGCCGUCGUUCAGCAGAAGAAAAACGCUCUUCACAAACGGAUUUGGAACGCGUUGCGGAAGAAGAAGUUCCGAGACUUCGAGCACGCAAUGGCUGAAAUGGAGGCGGCGCGUUUGCGUCCCGAUGAGGUUUCCUUCACCCUCCACCUGUACGGCGUGCUUUUGUCUUCGCGACACGACAAUGCCCAGGCUUGGGAGGUGCUGAAUCUGAUGAAGGCGUCGAAAGUUCACCCGACACUUGUGAGGUACAACGAGCGCAUCCUGACCUCGUACAUGGAGCUCGCGGCCCUGAAAGCAGAACCGCACCCAGACAAUACGCGGAAGCUGCUUCGUGCAGCGUGGCUUCUGGCUGCUCUCGUGCGGAACCGCAGACAGCGGUGGAUAGCUCGGAAAAACGCUAGUCUUCGCGACCAGGGUGUCGGCGAAGAGCAUCUUUUAUGUCUUCACGACCUGGGCGCGCUGUGGAUCGGCAACGCAGUCGAUCCUCUCCUACCUCGCACAGCUCAAUUUGUGAUGAUUGAAGAGCGCCUGAAAGAUCAGAACAGUGGCCGCCUUUCUGCGAGCGAGCGCUUCCCGCUUCUCUCAGAUUCCUUAGAUUGCCUAGAUGACGGAGAAAGGGGGAGGCAGGCGCUCGGUUCCGGAAAUGGUGGUGAAUACUCGCGGUCGCAAGUCUCUGUAGUGGCCCCGAACUGGAGCGGCAAGACGCUGCUCAAGGGAUUGGACUCAAGUGAACAGCACGAGUCCCGGGAAGCAGAAAUCGCCGCUCUUGCAGCAGUCGCGGCAGACGUCCAAGCGUCCGUACAGCCGGGAGCGCUUGCCGCGGCUGGACUUGGCGCUGCUGAGACACUCAAUUCGCACCCACUUUUCAGUCCGCGAACAGAGGGUCGGGGCUUAACUGCGGAGUUUUCUCUUAGUCGCCACAGGGAAACGGAACCCGGCGUUUUAACAGCGGGAGGAGUGCCGUUGGAAGCGCUGCCCUUUGACGACCGAAAUUUUGGCUGGGAUAGAAAACGUCUGGGGGAGAGACACGAUCCAGUCACUGACACAGUGUCACUCGCUCUCCCAUCGUGGACAGUCGAAAGCACUGCAACUGACAAGGGUGCAGAUGACACCAGAGCAGUUAGUGGCCACCGCCAGCCCAGGACAAAGUAUCAGGGGGAAAAAUAUUUCGGGGAGUUUGGUCAGAGCGAGGGGGACACCAGCGAGAGUGUAGCUUUGCCACAGGAUGUCGCAAGAAAAAGUGAAGUGACGGAGUGGGACGAGCCAGAGGGUUACAGCAAAAAACAAGGGGAAAACUCGACGGGGAAGUGGGAAGGCUACAAUCUAACAGAGGCAUACGAAAAUGAUUCCGCCUCGGAACCCAGUUUGUUUUUUGAAAAAGGCAAAGUGCGGGUCCGGAAUUGGAGAGGGAAGGCACAGAAGAGACAGGAGAAAGACGGCUAACUACCGAGAAACAGUGCAAAAGACUAGUCUUGGCAAAGCGUGUGACCUCCCGUCUGUUAUACAGUGAAGCAGGUAUAACCUGAUUUUGUUGUGGAGAGACCACGACAUGGUCGUUUUCCGGCACUACGAACCGAGAGUGUUCGUCGUUGCAUCAAGAUUAUUAUUGGACGUCUUCUGACCCUGGGGAAUGCUGAUGCAGCAUUGGAACGAAAAGGAACUAACAAAGAAGUCUGUGUGCAUGGCAAAGUCGUGCAAAAACUGAGGCCAUCCUGUCAACUGAGGGGCACCAGGACUAGUUGAGUCAAAUAUUCUGAAACGCCGGCACGCUGUUACAUCCAGUCUGCCUUUAUAGUAGUACUGGAGAAGCGCUUGCUGCUGUCUAGAGGACUGACACUCACUUUCUAUAUUGGUAGUCUUGUGGUUGAACACGCGUACGGCAAACCGCCGCACACUGGAGAGCAAAGUGUGAACCUACCAAAGGGUGGCAUCCAUUAGAAGAGAUUUGUCGGAGCG